AUGAGUGUUCGUAGAGUUUAAUCAGCAGUAGCUUCAAGUAAAUAGACCUCAGCAGUGAUUCCACUUUCAGAGUUGAAGAGAAUGCAAGACCAUAUUACAGUAUAUCAUCAAGAUACUCCGGAGAAAUUUGAAUUGCAUAAAUUAUCGUAGGAUCGUGUAAAGAAUUGGAAUAACACUUUGAAAUAGAACAAGGUAUAGAAGGACAGAACCAAGUUUGAACGUUUUAAGUAGGACGAGGAAGAAAGGAGAAAAAUAGAUGAAGAUGAACGUCGAUAUUAGGCACUUGUCAAAUAACAAAUCUUAGAAAAAGCUAACAAAUAAAUCUAUGAGAAUAAUGAACGUAUUAGACAGUUUCAAUCUAAAAUGCUUGUUGUAGAUGCACUUUAAGAAAGAGAAGGAUAAAAAUAAAUUAAAGGGAUGUAGAAACUCUUAGAGAAGGAAAGAGAAAAGGUGCAAUAUGAACAAAUGUUGGAAAUACAGGCUGAAAAAGAUUUAUUAGAAAAGAAGAAAUAAUAGGAAUUAGUGGAGAAAAAGAAAUAACAGCACGAUAUGCUUAAGAAAUAGCAUGAUAUUAUGAGAGAUAAAUUUAUUAAGUAGGUUCAAGAAGAAAAGAUAGAAGGAGAAUUAAUGAAGGCAAAAGUCCAGGCUGAUUUAGAAGAGGAAUAAAGAAUUGCGAAGUAAAGGAAGGAUAAAGUCUUGGAAAAUCAAUAAUUAUUAAUUUAGGGUAAUGAGGUGUUGAAGAAGCAAAGGGAAUUGGAGAAGUAGAAAUAAUUAGAAGAGGAAAAAAAGAUUGAGGAACAUGCUAAGAAGAAGGAAAGAGUUUUGGAAAUCAGGAAAAUUAGAGAUGAAUAGAGAAAGGCAGAAAAGUAAGCAUAAAGAUAAAAAUUGAUUGAUGCUUAAACAGAAAAAUUGAGGAAAUAAAAGGAAGAAUAAGAAAAAUUAUUAAAUAAAAAUAUUAUUGAAGCUGAGAUUAAAGCAGAAGAGGUUGAAAAAAUGAAAAAAGAGUAGAGACGUAAAUUAUAAAGUGCAAUAAGUUAUAGUCACAAAGUGAAAAUGGAAAUUAAAUAAUAAUAGGAAGAAGAAGAGAAGAAAUUGAAUUAAGAAUUUUAAUAAUAUUGGAUUAAUAGAAAUAAAGAAUUGCAUGAACAGGAACUUCGAGAGAAAAUGGAAAUUAGAAAAAAGAAUUAAGAAUUAAAAGAUUUUCAUCAUUAAUAAGAAAAUGAACGAACUCAAAAAAGAACAUAGGAAAUCAUGAAAAAUUUUGAUGAAAGAGAUAAAUGUUUAUAAAGAUUAGAUAAUCAAGAUAAAGAAUUUGACGAAUGGGCUGCUUAGAUUGUUAAGAGAUAUUAAGCAGAAGGCAAAAACACUGAUAUUUUGAUGAAGGAACUCAAAUAAUUCAAACAUAAAUGAUGAAUUUGACUAAAUUUAUGAAAUUUUUAAUAUAAAUAUUAUCCUAAUUAAGUGUAAUAACAUUA